AUGAACCUUUUUUUAUAUGAUGACGUUCGUAUUAAAGUAGUAGUUGAUGUUGUCCAAGAAGAAGGUGUUCGAAGGUCGUACGCGAGUAUAAAUGUAAAACUUUUUCAUAAUCAGUACUUCAUGUUGGCACUACCUUUGUCAUUAUUUUUCGGUCUUAGAUUCGUUUUGAGUUCCGAGAUGAUAACAACAUCAAUUACGCAAGCAUAUUUCAUGAUGGAACGUCAAACAGAAAUAGUAAAAGUUCAGAAUGAUUGUUGA